AUGUACCAUCCACCUACCAUCACUUCACCACCACAACUAGAAGCAGAACCAACCGAAGAAUUAAAAAGAAAAUAUAAAUAUUCCUUAUUUGAUGAUAACUCUUCUUCAAAAAGAGCAAAACCAAAUUAUUAUAAUUCAUUUAAGCAUUUAUCACAUUCGGAAGUAUUGAAACUUGUUAGUGAAGAUCUUUUGUUAUCACUCGACCAAGAUGAAAUUGAUGUUUUGAAGAAGGAAAAAGUAAAUGAUAAAAUUCCAUUGAAUGCUCUUUGUGGAAGUCAUUUAAUCUUGGCUAUUGAACAAUAUAAAACAGCCAUCGAAUCCAAGAAAACACCAGAAGAAGCCAAACGAUUAAUGGUUGAAGAUUUGAUGGAAGAUGAUAAAAUUCCAUCAAAAGAUAUUGCCCGAACAAUUGCUAAUUGGUUAAUUGAGAUGGAAACAUUGAAGACAAACAUUGUUUCAGACAGUUUAAAACUCCCGAAAGAAUUUGAUGAUUCUCCAUUUGAUUGGUUCGAAUCUCUUGUUAAGGUUAACUUGAAAGAAUGUUUCCUUAAUAAUGUCGAUAAAUCCUACACUCCUGAGGAAGGAACAAUUCAAGGAUUUUAUAAUCGAGAGACAUUUGCCCAUGAUGUGGAAGAAUUAGUGCGACAUGAUUUGAACAUUUUUCAUACAAACAAAACGAAACCAAUUGAAAGAAAAGGAUAUUUUAAGUAUGGAAUUCUAUCCAAUGGUACAGGUAGUGGAAAGUCAAGAGCUUGUAAGGAAAUUCGAAACAUUGUUCUUACAAUGAACAUGGAUUCUGAACAUAAAUAUAGAAAAUUACAUUGUAAUCUUUCCUUAGACACUGGAAACACCUUAACAAGUGAUGAGAUUAACGGUUAUUCCAAACAAGAAACUGAAGGGAAAAUGUUUGGAUUACGAAUUUUAGCAAGAUUAAUGGGGUGUCCAGUCAGUUAUUUAGUGGAAUUGCUAAAUCCUUACUUUAAAACUCUUUAUUAUACCACCAAUUUCUUCACAUUACAAAACAUUACAAGAAAAUUGGAACAAUUUAUUAACAACGAUGAAAUUUUACUCAUGACCAUUUCUCUGGAUGAGGUUCAAUUCCUAUACCAAAUGUUUGGAACUAUUAAGGAUGAUUCAACACUUACUCCAUGGCAACGUCCUUUAUACGCCAUUGGAUAUUAUAUGGUGAACACUGACACUGUCAAUUUAAAUUUAAGUAGAGUUUGUUUGAUUCCAAUUCUAUCAGGUCUUGACCACAUCUCUGAUCUACGAUUUGAUGAAACAGAGUUUGGAUAUCAAGAAUUAACAUUACCACCUCUUUGCCCAUCACAAUUGGGUACAAUUUUAAAGGAAUAUUUAAGUAAUAGUUAUUUUAAAUGUUCAACUACAAUGAUUAAUAUGAUGAGCAUUACCAACAAUGUAACUAUACGAAGAAUGGGAGUUUUGCUAUUUGAGGCCUUAAUAAUACCUGAAGUGUUGAACCUUACUUUGAGAGGAAUUGCGUCCUUUUUAACAAAGGUGACAUUUCAAGAAUGGAAAAAUCAGUCUGAUGUUCUAUUUCCAGAAUUGAAAAAGAAUAUCGAUAAAGUAAUUAAAGGGUAUCUUGUUAAGCAAGAAUCAUUCAACGACCCAUCAGUUCAAUCCGAAUUAUUACCACGUUUAUUGUGUGGAUUGAAUGUUUCACUGACAAGAGAAGAAAAGGAUCUCUUCUUGAAAGGAUUGAUUUAUAAAACUCCAACAGGUCGCCUGUAUAUAGCACCACGAUACUUUAGACAACUAGUCAAGAAAGAUCCUUACAUUUCAAGUAAGAUACUAAAAGAACAAGAAAUUCAUCCCAGAGAUUUUGAGAGAAUUGAUUUGAAAUGUAUUUGUUAUAGGAUUGGAAUUCUUAGACAACUCACAAAACCUCUUAUCACUAUUAAGGAAUUGUUUCCAUCCUGUAAGACUGGUGAUGAUUCUAACAAGUUAUUUGAAUUGGAUGAAAAUGAGUACAAGAUUGUAUCUCAUGUCACGUUCAUUUCUAAAGACAAAGAGAAUAAUAUUGUUAAAAUUGACAGCUCCAAAUGUAUGAACAAUCCCUCAGAAAUUUAUUCAUACACUUCUGAUACGCAUCCCUGCGUUGAUGCACAUUUUUGGUUAAAUAUUUGUAAACCUAAAGAAUCUCUAUUCCUCAUCCAUUACAAAAAUUAUUCACUGGAAUCUAAUUUGAGUAUUGUACAGUGGUUGGAUAAGAAUCAGUUUUCAGAUGUUGCACUCAAAGAGUUCGAGAAUGUUGAAGUAUAUUUCGUCAUGAUUACAACAACUAGAAUACAUGAUGAAGAAAUGAAGAAAUUGGAACAACACAAACAUUAUGACAAGGUUAUUUUAAUAAGUCAUCAAGAUGUUGCAAGUGAAGAGUACUUUCCUUGCAACUUGUUGCCAUACUACAAGGGAUUUUUAUUUCAAAAUGUUUCAAAAUUGGCUACUACACCACCCUUUAAGAAUAUAAAUGCUUUAGAAAAUUAG